AUGUCGUCUGAGGCGGAAGACACCCCUCGGCAGGGCUCGCGAUACCUGGACCAUGAACGGCGGCCGUUGGAAUCUGUAUCGGACCUCACCACCCUCCCUGCGCCUUCCGACGGCCUCGUCGUGUCGUGCCUGCGGGAGCGGUUCAUGUCGGACAUCAUCUACACAACUAUCGGAAGCUCUGCUGUCGUCGCGGUCAACCCGCACAAAUAUGUCGCUAGCAAUGCCGAUUCCGUAUUGCAGAAAUACAUCGCGGAGUACCGAGAUGUCUCGCACUCGAAGGUUCCUCUGCCGCCCCAUGUCUUUCAGCUGGCCGCCAAUGCAUACUACCAUAUGCGCAGGACGUCUCAGGAUCAGUGUAUACUGAUGAGCGGAGAGACCGGUAGUGGCAAGUCCGAGAGCCGUAGGCUAUCCAUCAAGAUACUGCUGGAUCUGAGCAUCAAUAGUCCAGGCAAGAAAGGUGCGAAGCUCGCCGAGCAGCUUCCCGCCUCGGAGUUCAUCCUGGAAUCAUUUGGUAACGCCAGCACGCUCCUCAAUUCUAAUGCAUCACGGUUCGGAAAGUAUACCGAACUGCAGUUCACAGAGAAGGGGAGAAUAUGCGGCGCAAAGACUCUCGACUACUACUUGGAACGCAGUCGCGUUUCGCGGGUUCCCUCCGGAGAGCGUAACUUCCACGUCUUCUACUAUCUUCUUGCCGGAUUAUCGCAGGAGGAACGACAGCAUCUGCGUCUAGACGAGAAGGUGUCGUACCGGUACCUUGGUCAGAGUUCUGUCGCGUCGAGUCGCAAUCCCAUGCGACGCAAAGACGAUGGUCUUCGCUUUGACCAGUUGAAGAUGGCGAUGAAGAACGCGGGCUUCUCCAAGAGGCAAGUAGCCCAGAUAUUCCAGCUCGUGGCCACGAUUGCCCAUCUGGGCAACCUCGAUUUCACUGUCGAUCGGCAUCGAAACGAGGAUACUGCAGUUGUCCGAAACGUCGACUUGCUAGGCACCGUGGCGGAGUUCAUGGGAGUUCGCUCUGCGGCCCUCGAAUCCGCUCUGUCGUGUAAGACUACGCUCGUCAGAAAGGAGCUUUGUACUGUUUUCCUGGAUCCAGACGGUGCCGCCGAUAACCGAGACGAUCUAGCAAAGACCCUAUACUCGCUGUUGUUCACGUGGCUCAAUGAGUAUGUGAAUCGCAAGCUCUGCCGGGACGACUUCGCCACCUUCAUCGCCCUGCUGGACCUCCCUGGCCCGCAAAACAUGACCAGCCGACCUAACUCGCUCGACCAGUUUUGCGUUAAUUACGCUAACGAGCGGUUGCAUCACUUCGUGAUGAAGAGCGUCUUCGAGAAGGACAUGGAGGAGUAUGCCGCAGAGGGUCUUGCCGAUGUCGUGCCUCAGGUUCCUUACUACGAUGACUCUGAGUGCCUGCGAUUGAUCCAGCACAAGCCGGGCGGUCUCAUUCAUAUCAUGGAUGACCAGGCCCGUCGGGCGCCCAAAAAGACAAACCAUACCAUGGCAGAGGCGUUCGGCAGACGUUGGGGAAGCCACUCUUCUUUCCGGCUAGGAGCCGUGGAUAGCCAGGGAUACCCGACCUUCACUAUCCAGCAUUACAAUGGGCCGGUUACGUACACCACCGAUGGCUUCCUCGAGCGCAACCUCGAUGCCAUUAACCCUGAUUUUGUCUCGCUCCUCAGCGGGUCGCCAGGGCGCUUAGGGCAACCCACGAAGCCUACAGGCGAAGGGUCUGCUAACCCUUUUAUAAAGGCAUUAUUUUCGACAAAAAGUCUUGCAGUGCAAGCCGACCCACGUAGUGAUGGUACCAUUGUGGCUGCGCAGCAACCUGUGAAGCCAAUGCGCGCUCCGUCCACACGACGCAAGAGUAUCGGUGGUGGUAGGACCGGGUCUCUCUUGGAAAAGAAAGAGAUCGAUCCGGAGAAGGAUGAUCUCUAUAUGACACAGGGUUCUGCUGGUGGCGCGCCUUGCGUUGCAGGGGAGUUUCGUGGUGCAUUGGAUACUUUGUUCGAAACCCUUGCAGAUGCUCAGCCUUGGUAUAUCUUCUGCAUCAACCCCAACGAUUCUCAGUUGCCGAACCAGUUUGAAGGUCGGGCGGCCAAGGGACAGGUCAAAUGCCUGGGUUUGGCAGAAAUAGCGCAGAGGAUGGGUACCACCUUUGAAGUAAGCGUGACCCUUGACGAGUUCAUCCAGAGGUAUAGGCAGCCAUUGGAGAGUUUGGGAAUUAUAGAGGGGGAGCCGAGAGAACGCAUAGAGCAGACCCGAACUGCCUUCGGCCUUCGGAAUACAGACAUCUCCGUAGGCUACCACAAGGUAUACCUUUCUCAAGUGGCUUUCCACAAACUCGAGGACUCCCUGCGUUCGUCGGAUGAAGAAGAGCAGAAGCGAAACCGCUUCAGAAAUGCUGAGCUUGACGCAGGCCUCCGUCGUAGUGGCAUGGAGGAUCCGUAUGCGCCAUAUGCCAGCGAAGAUGUCUCACCGAUGGACUCACCAUAUGAAGGCCCUUACGGAGACCCAUUCGGCCAGUCAAGCCAUGCGUUGCAGCCGCGUACUCCUGCAUUUCCAUCCGGGGUCCUCUAUGACGACGAAUCUGAUGAACGGAAGUCCCUUCGCAGUGAAGACUACUCAGCGAGCAGGCUUACGAGUAACCGAGACUAUCCUGGAUCAGAUGCCGGCACAGAGUCAUAUGCCCCUUCCCGCAAUAUGUUCCAGAAUGCUGAUACGAAAGCUCUGCUAGCCCAGGAUGGGUUGGACGCGGUGGUUGCAGAUGGGGAGACAACCGAAGUCCUGAAGGAAAGCUCGGCACGCCGCAGAUGGGUAGCAGUAUGCUGGAUGCUCACCUGGUGGGUGCCAACCCCGCUCCUGACGUGGAUCGGUGGGAUGAAGCGCCCAGAUAUUCGUCAGGCAUGGCGGGAAAAGCUAACUAUCAACAUCCUAAUCUGGUUUAUCUGCGCUUGCACACUUUUCGUGAUCGUGGCCCUUGGCGAUCUCAUUUGCCCGACUGAACACGUCUACAGCACCAGUGAACUCGCUUCACACAAUUCACAAGAUAACCCGAACAAUGUCUUUACGUCUAUCAGAGGCGAAGUCUUCGACCUGACUGAGAUCGCUGAGACUCACCAGCGUGCCGUCAGUGUAGUGCCUGCCAAAAGUAUCUUGAAAUACGGUGGCACCGCCGCCGACGAUAUCUUCCCAGUUCAGGUCAGCGCGCUUUGCAAUGGGGUAACGGGUACUGUCAGCCCUUGGGUUGUGCUGGACUCGUCCAAUGAUACCGACCCAAAUGCACAAUAUCAUGAUUUCCGCGCGUUCACGAACGAUUCACGCCCAGAUUGGUAUUGGGAAGUCAUGACCGAAAUGCGCUGGAACAACCGAGUGGGUUUCGUGGGCUAUACUCCCAAGGAAAUCUCCAGCAUGGCUGCCUCGUCGAAAUCGGUGGCAAUAUACAACGGCCUGAUCUACGACCUGACCAAUUACAUCAAUACUCCCCCGUACGUGAAAGCGCCUACCGGCAUGCAGGCCCCUGGAGGGGUUGACGUGAAUUUCAUGCACCCUUCCGUUGUCGACCUCUUCAAAACGGAAGCAGGUGGUGAUAUCACUAAGCAGUUCAAUUCUCUCAAUCUCGACUCCGUCAUCUUACAAAGACAAGCGACGUGUCUGAGGAAUCUUUUCCUAAUAGGCAAAGUCGACAACCGAGAAUCUCCCCAAUGCCUCUUCUCAACCUACAUCCUACUCGCCUUGUCUAUAAUGAUGGUCAGCGUCAUCGGAUUCAAGUUCAUUGCAUCCAUCAAUCUCAGCGCGGAGAGGGCUCCUGAAGACCACGACAAGUUUGUCGUCUGUCAAAUCACCUGCUAUACCGAAGGCGAGCAAUCUCUCAAGAAGACUAUCGAUUCGCUUGCCAGGAUGAAAUACGACGACAAGCGUAAGCUGCUUGUAGUUCUGUGUGACGGUAUGAUCGUUGGGUCUGGAAACGACCGACCAACCCCUCGCAUCGUCUUGGACAUAUUGGGCGCCGAUUUCAAUGAAGAUCCCGAACCCUUGAGCUUCCUCUCUCUCGGCGAAGGCACAAAGCAGCACAACAUGGGGAAAGUCUAUUCGGGAUUGUACGAGACGGGUGGCCACGUUGUUCCGUACCUAGUCGUAGUCAAGGUUGGCAAGCCGAACGAACGCUCCAGGCCUGGUAAUCGUGGCAAGCGGGACUCUCAGAUGCUCCUCAUGCGUUUUCUGAACAAGGUACACUUCAGCUCUCCCAUGAACCCUUUGGAACUAGAAAUGUAUCAUCAAAUCAAGAACGUCAUUGGCGUGAAUCCUAGCUUCUACGAGUACGUAUUCAUGGUAGACGCGGACACAACAGUCGAUCCUUUGUCCCUCAAUCGGCUCGUCUCAGCAAUGAUACGGGACAAGAAACUAUUGGGAGUCUGUGGUGAAACAUCCUUGGCGAAUGCUAAGCAGUCGCUCAUUACCAUGAUGCAAGUGUACGAAUACUUCAUUUCGCACCACAUGACGAAAGCUUUUGAGAGUUUGUUCGGCUCGGUGACCUGUCUCCCUGGAUGUUUUACUCUUUACCGACUACGCACCCCCGACACCAAGAAACCGCUCUUCAUCUCGAACCAGGUCAUCCAAGACUACGCCGAGAAUCGUGUUGAUACGCUCCACAUGAAGAACUUGCUGCAUCUCGGAGAGGAUCGAUACCUGACGACACUCCUUCUGAAGCAUUUUCCAUUCUUGAAAACGCAGUUUGUCCGGGAUGCGCAUGCUUACACAGUCGCACCCGACGACUGGAAAGUCCUUCUUUCUCAGCGUCGGCGCUGGAUCAACUCUACUGUCCACAACCUCGCAGAACUCAUAUUCCUAGACCAGCUCUGCGGUUUCUGUUGCUUCUCUAUGCGGUUCGUUGUGCUUAUUGACUUGGUAUCGACGAUAAUACAGCCGGUGACAGUAGCAUAUAUUGGUUACCUCAUCUAUCUGGCCGUUGGAGCAAGGCAGAGCAUCACGACGGUCUCCAUUGUCAUGAUCGCCGCGGUGUAUGGAUUACAGGCUCUCGUGUUCGUUGUCCGGCGUAAAUGGGACAUGAUCGGCUGGAUGAUUUUCUAUAUCCUGGCAAUACCAGCGUUUUCCUUCCUUCUCCCCUUGUAUUCUUUCUGGAAGAUGGAUGAUUUCUCAUGGGGUCAGACGCGUGUCGUUCUUGGUGAGCAGGGCAAGAAGUUGGUUGUACACGAUGAGGGUAAGUUCGACCCUAAGUCCAUCCCUCUCAAAUCAUGGGAGGACUAUGAAAACGAGCUUUGGGACAAGGAGUCCAACCAUAGUAUCGGUUCCUGGAUACCGCCCAGUAAGAUCGAGAGGGUUGACUAUGCGGCAUCCCGAGGGCCGUCCUUGUACGGGGCUGAAACCUACUACGAGCGGAAGAUGGACUCUCCGCCAGCAAUGCCGACGCCAUACGUCAGGCCUCCAAGCUACCGCUCGGGCCACAACACUCCCGUUCGCGCAAUGAGCGAAAUCGGCAGCGUACUCCACCAGCCUGUGCCGUCGCGGGCUGUGUCUAGCCACCUCGAUUUCGACCUCCAGGCCAUCACUGGCUCGGAAGGGGCCCCAUCCGACACCGAGCUAGAGAGGGCAGUCCAGGUCAUUCUGCGAGGAGCGGACCUUAACACGAUCACGAAGAGGGAGAUACGGAGGAGGUUGGAGGAGCAGUUCGGCGUGGACUUGACUUCAAGGAAAGCAGUCAUCAAUGCUGCCAUAGAGCGCGAGCUGGCUUGAAUGCUCAUCAGCGAUGCCAGCGAUGGCGGAACCUUCGUUUGAUUGCCAUCUUUUCUGGACCCCGGAUAUUCGGACCUCUCGGCUCUGGACUUGCACUCGGUAUUCUGUCGUUCGGCUCGCGGACACUGGUAAUGUAGAAUCGAUCAUAAUCUGUG